AUGGAGGGCCGGGGCACCGUCCGACCUCGCGGGGACAGCGAGACAUUCGCGGCCCGGGGAGGCCAAAGCUUGUCAGACCAGACGCAACGGCCUGCGGAUUCCUCUCUACGGUACCCUUCCCUCUGUUUCUCUGCCCCGUUUGCUGUCCGUCCGUUGAUGGCGGCAUCGUCGCGGACGGAAUGUUCGCUGCCCGGCGGUGUGACGAGGCGACAAGCUCAACAAAGGCCCGACACGAGCGCCGCGACCGAGACGCAGCCUCCCGUCUUGCAUGCGCCGUCGUCGCCGUGUCGGAAUCGCAAGGCCCCGUUGGCGCCAGGCAGCCAGCCUCUGGCCCUCGACUUAGCAGCAAAGUAUCCAAGCGAGGCGGCUGCACACGCACGCCACAUGGUUGCCCGGCACUAG